ACAGAAUAUGUAAAGAUGAUUUAAAAAUUAAAAUCGAUGACAUGUUGUCGUAGUGGCACAAACUCUAAGUAAAAUUUGAAAGUGAUUUGAGAGAAAGAAGAAUGUGGUGGGGAAGGUGAUAAAUGAGGCAAUAAAUAGGAUAAUAAUGGGAUGUAAUUGUGAGACAAAAAGCUUCCAAAGUGAAAUCAAAAAAAGAGAAAGCAAAAGCAACAGUCCACCCUAGAACGACAGUCAGUCAGACAGAGACUAGAGAUUGAAGAAUUGAAGCUCCAGAACAUACAAACAAAGAUUUUCCCAUCAUCAUUUCCUCUUUCUUUUCAAUACUACAGUUUAGCCCAAAGAAGAAGAAAAUAAUGAGUAUGAAAUGAUUGAGGAAGGAAAAUAGAGAAAGAAUUAUUACUUGUAUUAAAGAAGAGCAAACUCAAAAAUGGUAGCAGAAGACAAACACCAACUCUCUCUUCAUCCUUUACCUGAUUCCAAGCUCUGCACUACUUUGAAUAACCGCAGCAUCUUUCAGGACGUUGCUGGGGACAUUACUGUUCUCGUCGAUGGCGAAUCCUUUCUACUGCACAAGUUUCCCCUAGUCACUCGAAGUGGCAAAAUCAGAAAAAUGAUUGCAGAUGCCAAGGACUCGAAGGUCUCCAAGUUGGAGCUUCACAACCUACCAGGGGGUUCCCAAGCAUUCGAGCUCGCUGCCAAGUUCUGCUACGGCAUGAACUUUGAAAUUACAGCAGGAAAUGUGGCCUACUUGCGCUGUGUUGCUGAGUACUUGGAAAUGACAGAAGACUAUCACCAAGAGAACCUCAUUGCAAGAACGGAAGCUUAUCUUGAUGAGGUGGUUGUUCAGAGUAUUGAGAAAUCUGUAGAAGUUCUCUCUGCUUGUGAGUCCCUACCUAUUUCCAUGGUUGAAGAGGUGGGAAUUCCAAGCAGAUGCGUAAAUGCCAUUGCAUCCAACGCGUGCAGAGAGCAGCUGGCUUCGGGUUUUUCACAUGUAAGUUGCCAUGAGGAUGACUCGGCAGAAUUAAAAGAAGCUGCAGGCUACAUUGAAUGGUGGGUUGAAGAUCUGUCUGUACUGAGGAUAGAUUUCUAUCAGCAGGUCAUCUCAGCUAUGGUGAAAGCAGGUGUUGAUACUUGCAGUAUCAUCGCGUCUUUGAUGCAUUAUGCACAAGAAUGGUUAAAGGGCAUUGGAAAACUUCAGAUAUGGAAUCCAGCAAGGUUAAGACCACACUGUGGCACACAAGAGCAUGACCAGAAGGUGAUUAUUGAGGCUCUUGUUGAUCUUCUUCCAACAGAGAAAUCGAAAUCUUCACCAAUUCCUCUUAGUUUCCUGUUUGGUCUAUUAAGGAUGGCAAUCAUAGUGGAUGCCAACAUCUCCUGCAGGCUUGAGCUGGAGAGGCAGGUUGGUUGUCGGCUAGAAAUGGUUUCUCUUGAUGAUCUGCUUAUCCCGUCUGUUCACAAGGGAGAUUCCUUGUUUGAUGUUGACACAGUCUGCAGAAUUCUGGCAAAUUUCCUUCAGCGGAUGGAAGACGAAGAAACUACUGAAGAUCAAAGUGGGUAUGAAUCUCAAGGUUUUGGCUCUCCCACCCAUGGUUCUCUAUUGAAGGUUGGACGCCUUAUUGAUGCAUACCUAGCAGAAAUUGCCCCUGAUCCUUACCUGUCACUGCAAAAGUUCACUGCUAUUAUUGAGGCUUUGCCGGAUUAUGCCCGAGUCAUUGAUGAUGGGCUUUACAGAGCACUUGACAUCUAUCUCAAGGCUCACCCUAUGAUAUCUGAAGAUGAACGCAAUAAGUUGUGCAAAUACAUUGACUGCCAAAAGCUCUCACAUGAAGCUUGCAACCAUGCUGCACAGAAUGAUCGGCUCCCAGUUCAAAUGACAGUGAGAGUUCUCUAUUUUGAGCAGCUUCGAUUGAAGAAUAGCAUGUCCGGAAGUUCAGGAGAUGCACUGUUCUCCCAAAAAAUUAGCAGCGGCAUCCCAAGUGCUGCAAUGUCCCCCAGAGAUACGUAUGCAUCCUUAAGGAGGGAGAAUCGUGAACUGAAGCUUGAGAUCUCAAGGUUGAGAAUGAGGCUCAAUGAUUUGGAGAAGGAGCAGACUUGCAUGAAACAAGAGAUGUUGGAGAAGUCGGGAACUGGUAGGACAUUCUUAACUUCACUUUCAAAAGGAAUAGGGAAGAUUGGGAUUUUUAGCACUCCAAUGGGAAACAAGCGCCAAAAAUCAGGAAGGAAAGGAAAAACUGCACGUAGUCGAAGGCACUCGGUUUCUUAGGAUAAUCAGAUGCUGCCUCCGGGUGGAAUACAGUGAACAGAAGAUAAAGCCAUGGAACUCGAGAAAACGUCAAGAUGUAUCAGGUCAAAAUAUAUAGUACUAUAAUUUAGCAUAUCUGAUAAAUACUUGAGCACUUUACCUACUUCAUGCAGCUUCUGUAUCCAAAAUGCUAAGGCUUUGGCAUCCUAAUAAACACCAACAGACCUUGGUCAUCCAAACACAUGAGCUUGUAUGGUGUAUACACCAACAAAUUAGUAACUGUCAUGAUUUACAGAAGGGAAAGCAUGCUCAAGUAUCUUUUCUUGUCUACUUAAAGUGUUCGAGCCUUGCAGACAAAUCGGUAUUUGAAUAUACUUUCCUGCUUCUGAAAGAGAAAUUUAAGGCGCAUAAUUUUCAACAAAUCAGUAAAAUUUUAAUACUAAAGUAUUGUAUUGUAUGUUGAAUGCUCCAAUUAAUAUCUUGCUUCCUAUAUGUGCUUAAGCAUCAUCCAUAGACUAAUAAAAUGGAUUAUUCUGACAAGCAAACAAAUUCAAUUAAUUGCCUUGAACUCAGACUAAUUAUAAUUGCCUCUACAUAAAGUUCAACAAAAAAUCACACGAAUUUCUGACUUUACAGGGAGUUUCUUGAUAAGACCAGGCUGCCCUAAGCCUAUGAUCAGUAAACAACAAGCAUCGAAAGACAUGCAUUAUACUAAACUUAUCUGCAUUUUAAUUGAUACAUUUACAUCUCUUAUCAAAUUUGUCCUAUAUUUUUCAUCCUCUAAUUUACAAAUGUAGAGGUUGAUCAAAGGGGCUAAAUUCACCAAAGUGAGGAUUCCACUAUGAAUCUAUGAUACUAUCAUGCUCGUUUCUUUUCUUACAGUUUGCUUUUGAAUACUGAAUCAUCUGUAUGCUGCUCCUGUUGUACAAUGUACAGGGCACCCGCUACACUUAACGAUUACACAAAGUUAAAUACCAAUAACAACCUGUGUCCCUGUUGUAGGGAAUAUAAACCCUAUGCCCCUUUUCCGAAUGAGCCUUUAACUCAAGACUGCAGAAAGUUUUAACCAUCUGAACUCCCAUUACAUGCUCAAGUGCAUAUUGUAUUAUUGUACUAACACACUUGUUUUCAUUUUCUUGAAUUAUCUCUAAGAAAAAAUCAUCAAAUAACUGACUAACUCAACAAUAAAUCAAAGCCGGUCCAUCAAAUAACUGACUAAAUUAUAGGCUUGGGCAGCUUGGUCUUAUCAAGAAAAUACUUGUAAAGUGAGAAAUUUGUGUGAUUCUUGUUGAACUUUAUGUAGAGGUAAUUAUAAUUUGAUAGUGAGCAAACCAUUAAGCCUUUAAACAAAUCAAAAAGUAAGAACCAAAAA